UGCAUUAGRCAUGUACUUGGGUUUUGAUUAGUCAACAUGCACUGUUUACUGCUUUGUGCUAUAUUUUCCCUUUAGUCUUUCUAGACUAUUCAUGACCAAAACAACUGGCAGGGACAAAUGUGGAAUAGCAUUUUUUCCCCCUAUAAAGGCUCUGUAGCUACAGCAGAAGAUCCAGCCGCCAUCGCUGCCAUCCAGUCUGCCACCACCUUCACAGACCCACAGAUCAAGUAUCAAGUCUUCAAGACAGAAGGAGCUGGUGGGCAGGUGACCUACAGGGUGAUCCAGGUGUCAGAUGGCCAGCUGGAGGCCCAGACAGACGGAGCCGCGGCUGUCAGUCUGGUCGCUGGUUUCCCAUCAACCACGCAGACUGUCACACAGGCAGUCAUCUCUCAGCCAGAAGGACUGGAAGGAGAUGGCAGCGCUGAGGCCCAGUACGCCUAUUACCCGGCCACCAUUGCAGAAGCCACUGCUGGCACCAUGGUAACCACAGUGCAAGCUACUGAUACUCUGCUCAGCCAGACCACCCCUGCAGGUCAGCUUUAUGUGAUGAUGUCACCCCAAGAAGUUUUAACCGGAUCCAGUCAGAGGACGAUAGCACCGCGCACCCAGCCAUACGUAGCAAAGCAGGAAGCUCCUCGGGGCUCCAGGGAUGAAAAACGGCGAGCGCAGCACAACGAAGUCGAACGGAGGCGCAGGGACAAGAUCAACAACUGGAUUGUUCAGCUGUCAAAGACCAUCCCAGAGUGCAACAUCGACUACACCAAGACAGGCCAGAGUAAAGGGGGGAUCCUGUCAAAAGCCUGCGAUUACAUCAAAGAGCUGAGACAAAGCAACAUGAAGCUGGGAGAAGAUAUCAGCGUUCUGGAACGACUGCAGGUCGACAACCAACUACUAAGACAGGAAGUACGUCAGCGUGCGGUGUUCUUAGGUGGAAAACUGGGAAUCCAAGAAUCAGAUCCUGAGGAACCUUUUGCGACAGCAUGGCAUUGUUGGGUCAUCGAGCUCGGACCCUCAGUGAAACCUGUUGCCAGUGAAGUAUUUGAAGAUGAAUACACACGGGCCAAAAGAGUACUUGAAAUCCUUAUAAAAUAUGUAUCUUGUCAUUGAGCAUGCAUAAUAUGGGUUAAUUAUUAGAAUAUUGUUUUGAAUAUUCACAUCCACCCUUUGUGAAAUUUUCCAGAUUUUUUUUAAGCUCUUAACAAUUAUGUAAUUUACCUAGGAAUUAUAACAUUAUUUUUUAACUUAAUGGGCCUGCAGCGUGUAUUUUAUUUUAUUUUUAUCAGAUUCAGGAAAGCUCUUCUUGAUGCCUUUUACUAUGAGCAUGUAUGAUCGAUCAUUCAACUCCAGUACAGGAAGCUCUUCUUAUGCUUAAACUCUGUUGUACUUAGUAUAAACGGCACUCAUUUUAAUGUCUCUAGACAUUACAUUCUUGUGUUGAUGUCUUAUCAUUGUCACUUUAAGCAGUCGAUACCAAGUUUAUCAUCCAGAUUAAAGUCUGGGUUUGCUUUCGUUUCUCUGCUUGUUGGGGAUUGUAGUUACAUUGCAACAAUGUAACCGCUAAGUAAAGAAUGAAAUGGGUUUAGGAAGUCCUACAUUGGAUAAUAACUGUCUGUCUUUAUAAUAAAAAUGUAAAUAGUAAAAUGCUG